AUGGAGAAUACCAACAAAUUCAAGUUUGUGAAGGGGAUACCACUCAUUCCUGAAAUCCAUGAUGUGGAGGAAAUCGAAAGGAUGUGUGAUGACUUUGAGGUUCGGGAUAAUGAUGUCAUUAUAAUGACCUACCCAAAGUCAGGAACCCAUUGGAUGAUAGAUAUUCUCAGCCUGAUCUACUCCAAAGGGGACCCCACAUGGGUCAAGUCUGUCCCCUACUGGAAACGUUCUCCCUGGAUAGAGGCAAAGGGAUUCAUUGGAAUCAUCAAGAAUCAGGUGGACCCACGGCUCCUCACUUCCCAUCUCCCUAUCCAGCUCUUCCCUAAGUCCUAUUUCACCAGCAAGGCCAAGAUGAUCUGUGUUGCCAGGAAUCCAAGGGAUAUCAUCGUAUCUCUUUACCAUUUCUGUAGUCAGGGGCCAUUUCACGCAUUAUGGUCAAACUUUGAGCAAUUCUUUGAUGACUUCCUACAAGGAAAUGUGAACUAUGGCUCCUGGUUUGACCACAUCAAAGGAUGGCUGUCCAGGAGAGAUUCAGAAAAGUUCUUGUUUGUUACCUAUGAGGAACUCCAUCAGGAUCUCAAGGCCAGUGUGAAAAAGAUUUGUCAAUUCCUGAACAAGGAGCUGAGAGAGGAAGAAAUCAACUUGGUGGUAGAGAAUACCUCCUUCCAAGUCAUGAAAAAACACAUGCUGGAAAACAAGGAACUUGUACCAAUGGAAAAUAUGGAGAGUUUCAAAAUGAUCACACUGAGAAAAGCCAAAGGUGAUAUGUCUGAACAUCGGGAAAAGACCAUGUUCAUGGCAAGGACCCAGUAUCUGAAUGGGCCCCAGUCAAGCAAGACAGUGAUUUCCUGCUGCAGGCGCAAGAUAAGCAAUAACUCUGCAUGUCCCACACAAGGUCUAAACAGGAUGUUGGCCAGGAAACUGAGGAAGGCACUUUCCCACAUUGGCACCUGCUUGCUGUUGCUCCUCAAUAACCCUUCAGUAACCCUAGGCUCAUGA